AGUGGUUAAAUUGAAUAGUUUAAUAUUUUAAAUUUUAAUAUACGUGACCCAUUGUUUGCCUUUUCUUGAACAUAGCAAUAGAAAUAUUAGUUGAAUGAGGUUAUAAUUCAAUCGGGACAAGAAACAGCAGUUUUGAUUGUAUAAACGACGAACAUGUGCAUGUGAUUAUUGUGCUGUGUGCAACGAACGAGAGACAAGCAUCAACAAACACUGCGCAUUAGUAGUACUAGAUUUCAACAAGAAACCUGAUUCUAUGGCUCCUUCUGGGGUUAGAUAAGAGUUUGUUGUAUUUUAAUCUUUCUCAAAUAUUUAAUUUUUUUCUAUGGUCAAACUCAAAACCAAUAAUGAAGAAUCACAUCAUCUACAAACCAAGACUUAAGGCCUGGGUCGCAGCCAAAAAAGAAAAAGAGAAACACAAAUGGCAGGCACACAAUUUGCUCACCUUAAUUUCAGGCUAAUCGCCGACGUACGCGUCAGUUUCUGGCGACGAAGCUCCGCUGCACAUAAUUACCGGGGAUUCCUAGGUGACAGAAGUUUGGAAUACAAAAGGGUAGCUCUCAACUCCUCCAAGUUGACCGUUGGAUCAUCAGUGAGGGCGCCAAAACCAACGGUCAACGUGGAGGGAUUAGUGGAUUUUUUGUACGAGGAUCUGGGCCAUCUAUUCGAUGAUCAAGGGAUUGAUCGGAGCGCCUACGAUGAACGCAUAAGAUUCGAGGAACCAAUCACCAAGUUUGAAUCUCUUAAUGCGUAUCUGUUUAACAUAAGUCUCUUGAAGACCGUUUUCAGGCCUCAAUUACAGUUGCACUUCGUUAAACAGACGGGUCCUUUCGAAAUAACUACAAGGUGGACUGUGGUUAUGGAGUACAUGAUGUCACCGUGGAAGCCAGAAAUGGUCAUCACAGGAACCUCAACCAUGGGGAUAAACCCAGAGACUGGGAAGUUUUGUAGCCAUGUGGAUAAGUGGGACUCAAUAAGGGACAAUAAUUUUUUCUCUUUGGAAGGCCUUUGGCAUAUAAUGAAGCAGAUGUCGACUUUCAAAUCCAAGGACCUUGGAACACCCAAAUAUCAGAUUUUGAAAAGAAUGACAAAUUAUGAGGUGAGAAAGUAUGACCCACUUGUAGCAUUAAAAGGAACAGAUUUGCCGGACACUCAUCAAUUUACAAAAGGUUUGAAAGAAUCGAAUGGGGGCAUUGCCGCAGCUAUAAAGUUCAGUGGAAAACCUAGCAAGAAUAUUGUUCAAGAGAAGGUGAAAACUCUGUUCUCGAAUCUUGUCUCAGAUGGCCUCAGACCAAAGACCGGGUGUUUACUUUCUCCUCCAAACGAUUCAGGUCCUUGGAACUUUGCAAUGGAGAAUGAAGUGCUAAUAUGGCUGGAAGAUUUUUCAAUGGGCUAGCGUUGAUCAUUUUCCUUCCACAGCAUAAAAGGUCAGAAUUUGCAUAGCCGAAUUUCGGAAGAUAACUUUGAGUGAUGUUUCUUCGUAUAUACAUCUUGUUAUCAUUAAAACUUGGUAGUAUAUAAAUGGGACCUGUAAUGGUGGUGCCGUGGUGGUGAUAGGUUAUAGUACAAUGAAUGAUUGAAUCAAUAAUAAUCUUUGUUUUUUUA